AUGGUUAACCCCCACACUACUUUAUUGAAAUGUUGUGCUGAUAGUAUGAUCUGGUUAAAAAUUGACAAAAAUAUAUGUUUAAAUGAUUUAGAUUUGUAUAUUUGUGCUAUUUAUAUGCCGCCUGAUAAAAAUGUAUUUUACCGUAAAUAUGAUAUAGAUGUCUUUGAUAUACUGCAAGAAAAUAUCGAACAUUAUAGUACAUUAGGAACUGUGGCUGUGAUAGGAGACUUGAAUGGACGAGUAGGUUUAAAAGCAGACAAUAUAGUUAAUGAUACAUUAGAUAAAGAACUGAUUAACAGUAUUUCUUUUAUUGACUAUGUAAAUGAUAGUAAUAUUUGUAAUAGGAAAUCUGAAGACAUUAAACCUCCAAAUAGUUUUGGUCAGCGUAUAUUGCAGCUAUGCCAGUCCGGCCUUCGUAUAUGUAACGGCAGAUUCGGAACAGACAGUGGGAAAAUAACAUUUAAUAAUAAAAACGGUAGUAGCGUUAUUGAUUAUUUAUUGUUUACACAUAGUGAAAUGUUUAAUUGUUUAAAAUCGUUUUAUGUUGAACCAUUUAAUAUGUAUUCAUGUCAUGCUCCAAUAGUAGUUGAAUUGUACCUUAAGGGUAAUAAUCAGUCUUACGGUCAAUGUCAUUGUAAUAAAACUAAGUUCAAUGUAUUUAACUGGAAUGAAGGGUCAGAAGAUGAUAUCAGAAGUAAAUUGAUACUCAACACACAAAAGUUUGAUGAUCUACUGGUAAAUUUUGACGAAAACAGCGAUAUUGAUACGUGUGUAGAAAGACUUAAUAAUCUUUUAACUGAUAUAUAUGAACAGUAUACGAAAUCUGAAGUAACAUUCAAAGAACAGUGUGAAUCUUGUGAAAAUGGCGAUAAAGUUCAUAAAUCUAAUGCAGACAAGCCUUGGUUUACUGAUGAAUGCAAAACAUUAUAUAUACAAUAUCAAAAUGCAUUAGACAGUUUCAACAAAUACCGCUCGGAUGAAAACAGAAUUAACUUUAACCUUGCUAAACAAAAGUAUAAGUGGUGCGAAACAAGACUUAAAAGACAUUAUAAGAACCAACGAGGAAAUAUGCUGUCGUCACUAAGGAAGAAAAAUCCAAAACGCUUCUAUAAGAAUUUUAAAAAACGUAAAAAGCGCGUGAUAAAUAACAUUUCAUUGAAUCAAUUCGAGGAACAUUUUAAAAAACUUAUGUCUAAACCUCCUGAUGUGAAUGUUGGAACGAGUGACACCCCGGAAACAGUUUUUGAGGAACUAGAUCUUCCGUUUACAGAAAAGGAACUUGAUUCGUGCAUCAAAAAAUUAAAAAGAGACAAGUCGACUGGUUAUGAUGAUAUAAUGAAUGAGUAUAUACUUUUCGGUAAAACUUUAUUGAAACCUGUACUUUGUAAACUGUUCAACAACAUUUUAUGCUCUGGAAAUUUCCCUGAAAUAUGGGUGAAAUGUAUUUUAAUUCCUAUUUUUAAGAAAGGAAACCCUGACGAUCCUGGAAACUACAGAGGUAUUUCGUUGGUGUCGCAUUUAGGAAAACUAUUUACGUCGUUGAUUAAUUCAAGACUUAUAACAUGGUGCAAGAUUAACAACACUCUGACAGAUGCACAAUUUGGAUUCCGUCCUGGAUACGGCACUUCUGGUGCCAUCUUCUGUCUUCAUUCCUUGAUAUCUAAGUCAUUAAGAAAAGGCAAACGCUUAUAUUGUUGUUUCAUUGAUUAUAUUAAAGCCUUUGAUAGUGUUUUUCAUGUAAAAUUGUGGUUGAGAUUAGUUAGAUGUGGCGUUACUGGUAAACUUCUUACUGUAAUUAAAUCUAUGUAUUCUAAAUUGAAAACUUGUAUAAAGUGUAAUGGAAAAAUUUCAGAUUUUUUAAUUGUAAUACUGGCUUGA